AUGAAAUUCUCCGCUUACGCCCUCCUCGCCUUCGCCAUCUCUGCCCAAGCGCAACAAAGCGAGCUCUCCUCCAUCAAAGGCGAAGUAUCCUCCGCCAUCGGCGGAGCAUCAAGCGCCAUCGACAGCGCCCGUGGCUCCGUCACAUCUGCCAUUGCGAGCAGGACCAAAGAAGUUGCUUCGGCUGCCUCGAGCAUCACCAGCAACAUCGACAACAUCAAGUCCAGCCUUUCAACAGCAAGGGGAGCAGCUUCAACGUCUCUCCGUUCAGCUCUAGAGUCAGCCAGUACCGCUCUUGAUAGUGCUAGGGCUAGUGCAACUGAGACCUCCGCCUCGAGCACGUCCGAGGCUGGUGGUUCAAUGCCCACAGCAGCUAUUGCUAUGGGAGCCAUGAUGGGUGGUGCUGCUAUUUUCGUUAAUAUGUAA